AUGUUAUUCGCUCAAAGUCUACUCUUCGUGUUCGCCUGCUGGCACGCAACUCCAGCACUUACCGCAUCUCUGCCUCCAUCAGAACAGGGACUCGAGUAUAAUCCCGAUCUCAUCAUAACCGAAAACGACCUCGCAGCACGAGGCCUAGAGAAACGGGACUCCAUCAAAAUGUGUCCGAUGCGGUUCAUCGGCGACUACCCGUACUGCAAUUACAGCAACGGCGAAGCAGCCAUAGAUGCAUGGCUCCGUCCAAUGGCAGUCACGAUCAAAAAAUUGUCGGACGAAAACGUAUGCGCAGAAAUAUGCGGCGAGGAAGAGGAGUUCAAGUGGUGCUACCAGUCCCAUACCGAGGGCUCUACGUGCAGUACCAAUGCCCGGCUCGAGACCAUUCAAGGCGCCAUCAGAAAGACCAUGAGGGAUAGGGCUUAUUGGAUAUGUGAGCAGGAGUGCUUCCGGAUGUCUCACGGUAGUUCCUGGCGUGGAUCGCUCCUUGUAGGGCGGAAGGACACCUGGGAUAAGACGAAAUACUGCGGGGACUCGCUUGAAGAUCUACAGUUUGCUACAGAUGAUCGAUGUAUCUCGGGGGGUAACAAGGAUCUUUAG